AUGUCAAACUUCAACAGCUGGAUAGACAGCGUCCGCGGCUCCGUUGGCCUGAAAGAAUGGGGUUACGACCGGUUGAACCAGUCCGAGGAAGCCCCUCAGCAAUCCACCGCUCGCCGGAAAUUUCUGAAGGUCGCCCUGGGACUCGUUGUCUUCUGGGUCGUACUACUUGCCAUUGCUACUCCUUACUCGAGCGACAUUGUCGACUUGCUGCUUUCCCAUAAUGACACCAAUUCGUCUUACUUUCAUCUUCUAAUACCCGCAAAUGAAGGCAGAGCGGAUUUCUGCAAGACGCUAUUCUCAGCUGCCGCUCUUGACUAUCCUACCCCUCGGAUCAUCAAUUGGGGCAAAGAGAACAAGGAUCCCGAUAUUGCAUAUGGAGGUGCUCAUAUCGCCAAAAUUGAAGGGGUCUUGGGAUUCCUCCGUCAGCUAGGUCCGCUAUCUGACAAUGAGCUUGUCUUGGUUGUUGAUGGCUACGAUACCUGGUUCCAAUUGCGACCCUCAGUCCUUAUUGACCGCUAUCAUGCCAUGAAUGAUCGCGCCAAUGCCCGCAUCGCUUCGAGGCUGGGCUCCGAAGCCAUGCGCUCGGUCGACAAGCCAAUUCGCCAGACCAUUGUUUUCGCCGCCCAAAAACGCUGCUGGCCAGCCACGCAUGACGAUCCCGAAUGCUACGCUGUUCCCGAAUCAGAUCUGCCCUCCAAUGUGUACGGCUCCUCCACCGACCGUGACUCUGGGGACCAAGAAGCACCUUUCGCCAAGUACCGCCAAAGAUAUCUCAAUUCCGGCACCAUUAUGGGCCCUGUCAGUGACCUAAAACUUGUCUUUGAGGCCGCUCUUGAGAAAGCCAAGGCUCAAUCUGCUGAAACUGGUUCUGACCAAGGCGCCUUCGCAGCCGUCUUUGGCGAACAGGAGUAUCAGCGCGAAGUGAUCCGGUCACGCCAUCUGACCGACUGGCAGAAAUUCAAGGCCAAGCUCUUCACCGACGACAGAGACAAGAUUCUUGCCGAUCAUCCUACUCACAAGCAGAUGGAGCACCUCGACGGUGCACCACGCGAGUUCGGUAUUGGCCUUGAUUAUCGAGGCGAGCUUUCACUGCCUACCGUCUUCUCAGAAGACGAUGCUGUCUGGCUCAAAUAUUCGUCCGCAGUUUCCUUACGGGAAGCCGCCCGAAAAGCUGGCGUUCCAGCUCCUGACCCUCCAAGGGUGCCACACUUGGCGGAAGACAUCAAGCGCUCGACUCCGCCCUUUUGGACCGCCGAUUACACCGGCAGAGUUCCUGUCCCGGACAGAGAGUGGUCGGAAGUCAGCCUCUUCACCAAUCUUUGGACCGGCAUCAGUCCCGUCACCGUGCAUCACAACGCGCACGCCCAAGGCCUGAAGUCCCGGAUCAGGACGACCUGGUCCGACACCUGGUUCUUUCCUUACCUACGAGAAAUGCUCAAGUCAAAGGCUAUUGGCUAUCGUGCGCCGGUCGCAGUCUCGCGUGAGCAGGAGUGGUGGGGACCCAUCGACGAACGUGGCGGCAUCAGGAUAGAGAUUGGCAGCUUGCCCGGCGAUUGGGCGCCUUGGGAGGAUGAUAAUGUCUGCGGCGCCACGGACAUCGCGAACGAGGUGUUCCGAGACAACAGAGGCCCGUGGCAGAACCCAAUCUACUAUCUCAGCUGGGAUAACGAUGAACAAAAGGACCAAAUCGAAGCAUUGAUCAAAAUGGAGAGUGGGGAAAAGGACCUCCAAGAGUAA